CACGACUACGCCGGGCACCUGGCCCAGCACGCCCAGCACGCCCACCACCUCCCGGACCCCUGGGCCGCGCUCCGGCCCAACAUGCUCAACAACCUCUCCGCCUCGGGGGGACUCGUCCUGGGAGGCCCCAAGGACGCGUGCGGCGACGUGAAGCGUGGUGUCGUCGGCGAGCUGUCCCUCAAGUCGUCGGCGGGGCCGGGCAGUCCGCUGGGCCCGCUGUCCAGCCCACUGUCCAGCCCGCUGUCCAGCCCGCUGGACCACGGCAGCGUGCACGGCCUGUCGCGGGGCCACCUGCACCCAUGCGACCCCCCGGGGGGCCCCAUCCACCAGCACGGCCACCACGGGCACCCCGCGCCGCCCGGGGGCGGGGGCGGCCCCGGCGGCCCGCCCCCCGGCGACGACAAGCCGGGCAGCAAGCAGAAGAGGCACCGCACGCGCUUCACGCCGGCGCAGCUCAACGAGCUGGAACGCUGCUUCUCCAAGACGCACUACCCGGACAUCUUCAUGCGCGAGGAGAUCGCCAUGCGGAUCUCCCUCACCGAGUCCCGGGUGCAGGUGUGGUUCCAGAACCGGCGCGCCAAGUGGAAGAAGCGCAAGAAGACCUCGAACGCGUUCCGCGCCGGGGGGCUGCUGCCGUCGCACGGCCUGCCCCCCUUCGGCGCCAUGUCCGACUCGCUGUGUCCUUCCACCAUGUUCGGCUCGCCAGACUCGCGCUGGGGGGUGUCCACCAUGACGUCAAGCCUGACGCAGCUGAGCCAGGGCGGGGUUCCCAUGAGCAGCUUCGGCCAGUCGCUCGGGCAGCUCAACCAGGGCGGCUCUCUCGGCGGCGGCCUCAACGCCGGGCUCAACAUCGCCACCUCCAUGGCCUCCAACGGGUCCUCGGUGUACCCCGGCCACUACGGCCUCAACACGCUGGAUCCCGUCUUCUACGGCCAUGACUCGAGCGGCGCGGGCAUCGGGGUGGGGAGCGAGACUCUCAACUGACAGCAACUCUUUCCGCGCCACACCCCGCCCCGCCCCGCCCCGCCCCGCCUCGCCCCGCCCCGCAGGGGGGCCCCCGCGAGGCGCAGCACUGUCAAAAAGGAGGUUGCUUCCCGGUCGGAGGCCCCCUUGGCACGAGGGACACCAGACUUGCCAAAAGUUGGUCAAAGCUCAGUGAUGUUGUUUGGCUAUAUUCUAGGAUUUGUAAGGGAAAAACUAAAAACCCAGUCAUUUGUGCGAUUGUUGUAUGUUGAUUUAUUAUGUAUCAAAACGGCGAUGUUUAUGCAUCGCUUCUGGUGAUAUUUAGCUGAUUAAUUGCAGACUAAACGCGUCUCCCGUUCUGUUUUCAAGUGAUUUGUGCUGAGUUGUUUGUCUCGGUCGUUCUAAUUUUAAGUUCCUUCCCCUGGAUUCUGGCCCUGUGACCCCCAAACAUUACUUCAACUUGUAUACGAGUCUAUCUGUUUGGAAGUGCGCCCAGCACCCCGAUUCCCAUCGAUUUUACACCGAUGGGUGCGACGCUAUUUUGAUAGGAUAUUGUUAAUAUUUUAGUAUGCGUUUUCGGAAAUGAGAAACUAAACCUUCCUCUUUUGUUUUGGUUGGCCACGUGUUGACGCGACUCUACACGAGCAGUCGCUCGGGUCGAGUCGACUCGGCCAAUGUGUGCGUGGGACAAAGUUUAAUUUGUACAUUCAGUACCUGCUCUAGAGAUUAUUGUACUGCUCCUUCAUUAUUGUUAGUGCUAAGAGUACUCCAUUUUGUGAUGUAUGACAGAGCGAGAAGAGGCUGCGAGGGAGUCACUUUUGACUCCGCGUUUGAAAAGUAUCUACUUCAUGGCCUAAACUUGUCCAGACUUCGCCAUCUAGCGACUCUACGCGGUUAGUUUGUUCUUCGCAUCCCAACCUAGUAUACGAUGAAUUGUAUACGCGGCUGAGGGGCCUGUUUUCAGCCCUGAGACUUACCAGUAAAAACAAAGUAUACGAUUAUAUAAUGAAUUAUUCUGUGUAUCUUAUAAGGUGGUUCAUGUCUGAAUCACAUCUAGUCCUCGUGUUUGAACUGUGGAUUGUUUGGACGUUUGUGAAAGGGGUAGCACUUUCGUCAUAGUACGUGCUCACUCACCACGGUGUUGUAAUUUUGAGAGACCAAACUCCUUUACGGCGUGUUUCUGGCCUAGGCUGUAUGAUAUCGAAGAAACAGAUAUCUAACGAAGCUUGGAAAUUUUUCCGCUUUUUGCAUUGCUUGGUGUUAAAAUUUGGAAUAAUUUGUCAUUCGGCCGACUGAAAAUAAUAAUUUCAUGUUCUGUGCGUUCGUGAGACCGCUAGUCUCAUGGUGCGUCGUAUGUGUUAACAAAAUGUGUCUAAUUUUUUGGUUGUUGCGCAGUCUCGUUAUGUAGGUAACAAUAAUGUAGGUACAGUUUCUGCGUAAAUGUUGGUUACCAUCUUUUCCUAUGUUCCACUCCAAAGCAAAUAGUCAAUGAGAUCGAAUCAUGUCAUCAUUCCUAGUAGAUAUUUUUUAUCCUUAUGAUAAACAAUGUGUUGUCAUUUGAUUUUCUUUUUCAGUGGCCAAAAAUGUCUAGAUAAAAAGUAUAUUAUUAUUGUACAAUAAACAGUGUACAUAGUCGGAAGU